UGUCUCUGAACUGAAGACUUCUGCAUGAACAACCAGAAUGAACUGAGCAGGUGUUGCAGUCUUCACGAUUUUGGAUUUGUUCACAUAUGCUGGCUGGCUGCAGCACCUUCUCUACUCUCUACAGCAGAAUCCGGCGUUUUCAUCGCCUCUUCCAGCCACCGUUGUUGGUCGUUGCUCUCAUAAGGUCUGACCAGGCGACCCUCGGAACCAGACGUUGCGGACUGGUCGCCUGCUGCUUUCACGUUCCCUCGAUAGUCAGGAAUUCUACCCUUCCUAAAGAGCGACUUCGAGUUGGCAGGUUACUUGCAAAAUAAUUCUGAUUUCUGAAGUGAUUGAUCAACAUCUUCUACCCAAGACGUUAGCAGAAGGAGACCCUGAUUGAAGCUUCAAGGACCAACAGAUUCCGCGAUAGUAUUUUCCUCCAAGCUUCAGCGACAGACGACAGGCGAAGAUGAGCGAAGUCUUCGGGGAAUACGAGAGGCGGUACUGCGAGAUUUCGGGGAACGCGAAGCGUCAAGCAGCGGCUAUCCCUUCCUUAGCGGCAGAUGCCAGGGAGCAACGAGCCAAGGACGUCAAUGCCUCGCUGGAAGAGGCCGAUUCACUUAUCCGGCGCAUGGACCUAGAGGCGCGCAGCCUGCCGGCAGCACAGAAGGCGGCGCUGCUGGUGAAGCUGCGCGAGUACAAGGCGGACCUGCAGACGCUCCGCCGCGACCUGCAGAGGGCGCUGCAGGAUGCUGCUGCCACCGCCAACGAGGCCGCCAGGGACCAGCUGCUGGGGAACGCGGGAGGAGCUGGGGGGCAGGGGGGAGAGGGCAUGAGCCAGGAGGAGCUGGCGGCAACGGGGGCGCAGCGCAUGCGGCUGCUGGGGGCGACGGAGCAGCUGGGGGAGUCGUCGCAGAGACUGGAGGCGAGCAAGCGUGCGCUGCUGGAGACAGAGGAGCUGGGAGUGAGCAUUCUGGAGGACCUGCACAACCAACGCCAGACCCUGCUCAGCGCACGCGACAACCUGUAUGGUGUGGAUGCAAGCAUCGAUCGUGGCCGUCAGAUCCUCAACUCAAUGGCACGGCGCAUGAACCGCAACAAGUGGAUCUCCAUCUUCAUCCUCAUUGUGCUCAUCCUCGCUAUCAUUAUUGUGAUAUUUGUCAAGAUGCAUCGGCAUUGAUCAAUCUAUGACCGAAUGGUUAUCAUCCAUAUGCCUUUCAAGCCUCGGUGGACAGACCAAGUUGAGAUUUAGACGUUGCAAGUUUGCUUGUACUUGUGCAUAUAUGCUCGUGUGUGUGACUACCCAUUUGUGCGUGUCUAGGAAUGUAGUGUGGAGUUA